UGAGUCGAAAAAGACACUUGGUUGUUUGUACCGUGCAGGGAGGGGGUUGGAAUGCUUUAAACGUGGUGGGGUGGGAGUCAGGCAUACAGGAACCUUGAAGUAAAGAGUUUGAAGAGACUUAAUCAAGGCUGAACAGAAUGCCAUGGAAAGAAAUGAUUUCAUUAAAUUAAAGACACAAGGAGGGGAAUAAAAGUAAGCAGUCAGUCAUGCAGGCAACAGUGUCCUAAGCUGUCAGUUAAACUGAAGUGAAAAUAUUUUCAUGCAUUAGCUUUGUUUAUUGAUCUUUGCCGACUAAGUGGACUUGUCACAGCUGACUGCAUUUUAAAAAGUACGUCCUGAACGUCUGAGAAAUGACAGGUUUGGAAAGAUCUCUUGUGCGCUAAUUGAGAAAUCAAUUAAAAAGUGUUCCGGUUUUACCCUAACAGGCAGGGAAGUAGAGUAUGAGUAAAUGAAUAGAGUAUGAGUAAAUGAAUGUGUUUCUUCUGUUUAUUAUGCUUACAUGUAUGCACAGAAAGCAUUGAGGGUUUGUUAAAAAUUCCUACUUUUCCUGACCCUCUCUCUAGUCCUGUUUGUAGAAAAAAUAACUAAGAAGAAUGAUAGAUGCGAACACAAGCAAAGCAAACAAAUUCACAGAAGAAAAUGUGAUUCCUCUCAUAUUUGUAAAUGUAUAUAGUUUUGAACAUGGCUGAAAUAAUAAUUAAUUGCCUUUGGUUUGAAAUUUUUAUAACCAUCUGAUUAUUUUCUUUGGCUUUUAUCUUAAAUGUGCAACAAAAAUACAAACUGAAAGAACAAAUUAAAAGCGCUGUAAACUCACAACUUUCAGCAAAUGGUUUCAGAAUUAUUUAUCACAAAAUACCAUGAUAAUUGUCAAUCAUUCCAUUUAAAAACAGGCCAAAGUGUUCAAAAAAAUACUUUCAAAUUCUUUAUAAUAAGUUAUUCAUGACUAGAACAUGGAAUUAAAUCAAUCCAAAAUUGUUAGGCAGGGAGCAUAACUUUUCUAUGAACUAGAUCAAUCACCUAAAAUUUAAUAAAUACAAAUGCACACUGUUCAUGCACCGUACAUAGUAAAUGUAUACUCGUUAAUUCCUUAUUCUUUUUAAGUUAGUAUCUUUCUUUGUAAAAGAAAUGACCAUGUUUUUAUGCAGUUUUUUAUGUUUACUUAUUGACUAGUCAUUUUAAAAAAACCCAAAGCAUAGUAUGGGAUUCUUUUCUUUCAUUUACGUGUGCCUAAAAUUUAUGUCGAACUCAUGAUAUCUUAUUUUUAUGUCAAACCACUCAGCACCUUGGUGAUCAUCUGCAUUUCAAUUUUCUUAGAAGCGAAAUAUGAUCAUUGUUUUGAAAAUUCAAGACGCAUCACUUGUUAAAUAGUGUUUGUAAUUGGUUUAAAUUAUAAUAAGCACUGUGAAGCAGAUUAUACUUUCUGUAAGCUGUUUUAGGAAGAGUUUUGCAAUGGAGAUCAAUUUGAAUUUGAGAUCAUCCAUUUAGUUGACAUGAUCCAUUAACAUGUUCUUUGGUCACAUUUCCAAUCUGUCACUGAGAAAUGUUAUUAUCAUAAAUUAUUUUUAUAUAUAGCUCAUGUCUCUGCAUUCAUGUGUAAAUGUGUUCUUUGUUAUUUUUCUCAGUGUCGAAAGUAACUUUCAUCUUUUUGUAACUUACUAGUAUAUAAUUGAAACUAAAUUUUGGAAGAAAAGUGCAUUUGAAUUUUGCUUGUUCAAAACAUCCUGUGACCUUUCACAAGUCUCAGUGAAAUGGACAUGUUAAUUGAUUAUUAAUGAAGGUGUUCCUUUUAAGGCAUGUGUUUGUUUUAGUGUGUCAUUGGAGAGACCUAGUUAUUGUAUUACAGGCUCGGUAAGAUGUGUUCAACUGGAAUGCUGAUUUCAACAUGGUGAUAUCUGGCUUUGUUAUCUGUCCUUUCCCAUGAGAAUCACACUUCCCAAGGAAAUAGUUUCUUAUAUAUCAUGGCUAGUGAAGUGAAAGUUGUUUCAAAAGCAACUUUUACUUUCAGCAGAAAACCUGCUUCAUCCCCAGAACCCAACUCAACAAGUGAUAGUUUUUUCACAUCGUCUGUGUCAAAAACAACUGACGACAUAAACACAGGCAGACCCAGUCAUGUCACCAAGGCAACAUUCAAGCCGUCAUCCUCAAAUGAAGUGUUGUCUUACGCCACCAUGCCCAGAGGGAGUGAAAAAAAGGAGGCAGACAUAAACAGAUGGAGAGGAGUUGAAGAAAAUAAUAACAAUGACGCUUUUAACUCACAGAAAGAUCAUUUAUCAGAUGGUAAUGAGUGGAAUCCUGAUAUUAUAUCAGGUGUAGUUCGACCUCCGGAGCAAAUUAAACUAGUUCAUGGCAUAGAGGCUAUUCGAUCAGUGUCCAGUUCUUCAUCGUCAUCAGAACCUAGUGUUUAUGUGAAAGCUCCAGCAGAUGCACGGGGAUUCACUGACAAACCACGUCCCAUUGGACGAGGAGGAAGAAGAUUUGAUGAAAGUGGUUUACCGACAACUGGGACUAAUUUACAGUUGACAUCAGGUUCUAUUGGUUCUGAAGAAGAGUUCAACAUGGCAAAUGGUGAUGCAAGUAGUUCUGACUCAGCUCCGUCAGUGACAAAUAGACCAGCUCUGCAGCAGUUUAGAAAACAAAAAGAACAGGCAGCUGUUGAAGCCACAUUGGAACCAAAGCCCAUCAGAGCAGCUCCACCAACUCAAACCAAACCCAGGAAAUACGGCGACGAGCGGAAAAUUUUGGAGACAACUAAUGCAGGACCUCAUCGCCCAGUAAGUUACACUCACGUCCUGCAGUAGUAAGCUCAUGUUCUUCCCCUUUUAAACACUUUCAAAAUUAUUAAGUUUCAAAAUUAUAAGUUGAACUUUUUCGUAUUUUAUUUUUUUGUC